AUGGAAGAUACCACAGUCAAACUCUCAGUUGAUCUAAGCAGUAGAGUUUUGCAACAAUUCAACAAAUUUUCCCAUAAAGCCAAUAUCACCAUUGACAUUGGCCCCAACCUUAUGUUGGCGAUCAAAUACCUCGCCGGUUCAUUGAUUCUUUUUAAGACUAUCGACGCUAUCUCGAGUGCUUUUCCUAGAGAUAACAAAAAAUCUAGCAGUAGCAGCAGCAGUAGUAGUAAAACAACGAAAGAAGAAAAGGCCCGAAACUCACCAAAGGUUAUCAAACAAUGA